CUUCCGAUAGACUGCAGCGGGGUGACUGCGCACGCGCAGAUGUCUUGGAUUUUCUUGGUGUAUUUCCUGUUUGAUGGUUCUCAUUCGGAAAGAUGGCUGAAGUGAGAGUCAGUUUGGUUUGUGCAGUGCUUUUUCUAAGUUCGGUGGUAGUAGCAUUAGUCGAGGACCUCGAUGACUCGUUUAAAGACAAACGCAUGGAUGAUGUGUGGAUAGUAGAUUUUUAUGCCCCUUGGUGUGGCUACUGUAAAAAGUUGGAGCCAGUGUGGCAUGAUGUCGGUGCUGAGUUGAAGAGCUCAGGGUCUCCUGUCAGAGUUGGCAAAAUGGAUGCAACUGCUUACUCUGGUAUGGCUUCAGAAUUUGGUGUGCGAGGAUAUCCAACAAUCAAACUGCUUAAAGGAGAUAUGGCCUAUAAUUACAAAGGGCCAAGGACCAAAGAUGACAUCAUAGAAUUCGCUAACAGGGUCGCUGGGCCAGCUGUGCGCCCCCUGCCAAGCAAGCAGAUGUUUGAGCACGUCAUGAAGAGGCACGAUGUGCUGUUCGUUUACAUCGGUGGGGAGUCACCGCUGAAAGAGAAGUACAUUGAGGUGGCAUCUGAGCUGAUCGUCUACACUUACUUCUUCUCUGCCUUAGAGGACGUUUUACCUGAGACUGUUACUUUGCCUGAGUUGCCCUCUGUGGUGGUCUUCAAAGAUGGCAGCUACUUCACAUAUGAUCAAUAUGAAGAUGGCAGCCUGUCUUCGUGGGUGAACAGGGAGCGUUUCCAGGGUUACCUCCAGAUUGAUGGCUUCACACUCUAUGAACUGGGAGAGACAGGUAAAUUGGUGGCGAUUGCCAUCAUUGAUGAGAAGGAGCAUGCAGAGGACAGCACCAGGCUGAAGAAUCUUAUUCAGAGGGUGUCCACAGAGUACAGAGAUCACUUCAACAGGGAUUUCCAAUUUGGCCACAUGGAAGGAAACGACUACAUCAAUGGACUCAUCAUGGGUGAAGUGACAGUCCCCAGCGUCAUCAUCCUCAACACCUCUAAUGAGCAGUACUUCCUGCCUACUGAAUCUAUGGACACCAUAGAGAAGCUGGUGAACUUCAUUAACAGUGUGCUGGACGGCACAGCACCGGCUUAUGGCGGAGAUGGAAUAUUCCAGAGGGUCAAGAGAGUGGCUUUCGACGCCAAGUCUACAGUGAUGUCUGUGUUCCGCAGCUCCCUACUUGGCUGCUUCCUGUUUGGCCUGCCGUUGGGCGUCAUCAGCCUCAUGUGCUACGGCAUGUGCACAGCCGAGGCGGACGAUGGCGCCGAUGACAUGGAGCUCAUGAAGAGGGAGGGCUUCACCGACGAAGAGGAGGAGGAUGAUGAGGAAGAAGAGGAGAAGCGCCGGCAGGCAGCCAAGCUGGAGGAGUACGAGGACGAGGAGGGGGUGGGCGGGAUGGGAGGAGAGCUGCAGCAGAAGGAGGAGAAGAGCCCAGAGGAGAAAAAGGCUGAUUAACUCAGGAUGGGUGGAGCAGGAGGGGGAGGAAGAUCCAGCCAAAACGGAGAAGGAGGAGAUUUUAGGAGAGGGCAAAGAAGUGGAGGCUGAGAAAUGGUGACGUGAAAGUCUCCACAGACAUAUCUAUUUUUUUUCCAUUUUGAUCUGAUAUCUCUGCAGUGAGACGGUCCCAGCUUCCCAUUCCUCCCUGAUCAUUUUUUUCCCUUUUAUUAUUUAUGAAGUUGAAGAUGUUACCGUAAUUCUAAGUGGUCUUAUUGAUGCUCCCCAGCAUCUUCAGUGGAACAAAAAAUGUUACUAAAAUGGGGAGAAGGCAUUUGAAAAUUAAGCAUAAUUGAGAUGAAUCAAACGAUGACUAAUGGUUGUUGUUGAAAAGCCAUGCCAAACCAUGUUUUAUUUAAAGACAUCACUUAGCCCAACUGAAUUAUUCAUUCAUAUAUCUACAUGUAGGUUGGAUUGUAUAAAACACCAUUUGACCCUCAAGGGUCUUAACAGGUCAGAGAAGUCUACUGUGUGUCCUCUUUGGUCUUCUCCUCAUCUCGCUUGAAAAUAAGGUCCUGUAGUUGUUCAGUAAUACAUCUGGGGGGGAUGAACAAUGAGGGGCCACUUUUUGUCACCUUUUUUGUCAUACGUGUAAUUUAGUCAUACUCCCCUUCUCCUUUUUGCCUAUUUACAAAAAUAUUAAAAAGUGCCGAGUCAUCCAUGUUCUAAGUGAGCCAUACCGUAAUCCCCCAUAAUAGAAGGCAAAAGGCUUGGGAGAUAUCAAUUCUUACUUAUUAAUUAAGAAAUAUUCCAUUGUCAAUAACUGGAGGUUGCUAGUAGUUCUGGGAACUGUAGCUCAAGGGCACAGAGAUGAUAUUCUCAGUCGGUGAUUUGAGAUUUAUACCUUAAACCCCACUGCGAAAAUUCAUCUCCAAGGGAGCCCCAGGUCCUUCUGUCUCCUACCACUAGGGCUCCCAUCCCCUUUGUCUUAACGGUGUAGAGCUGCAAUGCACUGAGAUGCAGAGGAGGGAAAUGGACUUUCUCGGCUAUGUUUACUCAAUGCACUGAAAAUCAUGGAUAUAAUGUGAAGGCAAACUAGGUCAGAAUGCUCAUAAAACUCAGCCAGGCAGCAGUGGUAGUUUAGUCUGUGUAAAGGAUUAACAUAGGGGCUUUUUGUAUUGUACAAUAUCUAAUGUGAACAUUCCUUUUGCAAGGAGACAAACCCCCUACUUAAGUGUACUGAGUGAUAAUAUGUUCCGGAGUUAGAUGCCAUAACAGGUGCACUUUGAUUCUUCAUGUAGUCAACUCAAUUAGUCUACAAGGAAAUGGGCUCCCAUAGCAAAACGUUUUUUGCAUCUCCAGGCAUUUCUAGUUUGCUAUUAGACACCUGAACCUAAGCACACUUCUGAAAUGCACAGCUAGUCCUCUGUUGUGCCCCUCAUAAAGAUACUACUGCCAUUUUGUUUAUAAGCUAUGAAUAAUGCGGUCAGAGGAUCUAUAGUAAUGUAUAAAUGUGUAUAUUUGAUUCCUUAUGAAGGUCAAAACCUAUACACACAUUUUGACCACAUUUAGCUAUGGAACCUCUGAAAGUUCUAAGCAUGGCUUUUGAAGAUGCUGUUCCAUCUUUAUGUUGAAGCUAUUGUAAAGGAUAUCACUCAUGUAAAGGAUGACAUGAUGUGGCAGCCUUAGCUUUCAGACAGAUUACAACCUGCGUGUGCUAGGAAACCACAGUGCAAACCUGGCCCUGUCUUUGCCUUCCGCUCAUUGAAGUUGCCUACCAUAAGAAUUUCUGCCAAAUAUCAUGGUUUUCAUUUGAGAUUGUCACUCUUUAUUACAGAUUUAAAAAAAUAAAGAUUGUCCUCUUUUUUUCCUUG